CAAGUAUGAGGAAGAGAUCAAUAAGCGUACAGAGAUGGAGAAUGAAUUUGUCCUCAUCAAGAAGGAUGUGGAUGAAGCUUACAUGAACAAGGUAGAGCUGGAGUCUCGCCUGGAAGGACUGACUGACGAGAUCAACUUCCUCAGGCAGCUGUAUGAAGAGGAGAUCCGGGAGCUGCAGUCCCAGAUCUCCGACACCUCUGUGGUGCUGUCCAUGGACAACAGCCGCUCCUUGGACAUGGACAGCAUCAUCGCUGAGGUCAAGGCGCAGUACGAGGAGAUCGCCAACUGCAGCCGGGCUGAGGCGGAGAGCGUAUACCAGAUCAAGUAUGAGGAGCUGCAGAAGCUGGCUGGGAAGCACUGGGAUGACCUGCGGCGUACGAAGACUGAGAUCUCCGAGAUGAACCGGAACAUCAGCCGGCUCCAGGCCGAGAUUGAGGGCCUCACAGGCCAGAGGGCUUCCCUGGAGGCCGCCAUUAUAGAUGCUGAGCAUCGCGGGGAGCAGGCACUCAAGGAUGCUCGUGCCAAGCAGCAGCAGCUGGAGGAAGCCCUGCAGAAGGCCAAGCAGGACAUGGCACGGCAGCUGCGUGACUACCAGGAGCUGAUGAACUUCAAACUGGCCCUGGACAUCGAGAUCGCCGCCUACCGCAAGCUACUGGAGGGCGAGGAGAGCCGGCUGGAGUCUGGGAUGCAGAACAUGAGUAUCCACACGAAGACCACCAGCGGCUAUGCAGGUGGUCUGAGCUCUGCCUAUGGGGGCCUCACAAGCCCCGGGCUCAGCUACGGCCUGGGCUCCAGCUUUGGCUCCGGCGCGGGCUCCACCUUCAGCCGCACCAGCUCCGCCAAGGCCGUGGUUGUGAAGAAGAUUGAGACCCGCGAUGGGAGGCUGGUGUCUGAGUCCUCUGACGUCCUGCCCAAGUGA